UAUUAACCUGUGGUUUAUUAACCGCAAGGUCGCGUCGCUGUUCGAGCAUCAGUGGUUGGUAAUUGGAGUUGAUGUCUCUUGAACAGAAUAUGUUUCCUAACAGUGAUGAUUGCAACAAUGAUUCAGCCAAUCAAGAUAGUGCACCUGCUAUCCAUGUAGAUGAUGUACAACGUAUGGAAGCUCGUCUUUUAAAGUUGUUGGAUGAAUUUAACGCUGGGAAAUCAUCGUUUGGUAAUGAACUGUCACUCCUAUUCAGUAAAAAUGUAGGUCCAAAUUGUCCUUAUGAAAAACUUGACUCAAUACGAAAUCAGCAAGAAGAACUUAUGCGAUUGCAUUUUGAGCAAGAUAGGAAAAUGAUGUCGAUCCUCGAAACAGGCUCAACUCUCGCGCGGCGUCCUGUUAGAGCACUUUUAACGGAUGAAGGUCGGAAGACUACAAAGGCAAAUAUUGAUGCACUAGUCACACGACUGGAGUCGCUAAGUUAUGCAAUACAUAAUCUUCACUAUGCUAAUAGACCUCGAUCGUAA